AUAUAUGAGAGGGAUGUAUCCACCUCCUCUCUCCAAGUGGGGGAACGUCAGCAGACUCGGUUCAGGACUGGUAAAAACGCUCAACCAAAUCGACGAACAGCGGCAGGUAACCCAAAGAUGAAGAACCUAUUCUGCUUACGGGCACCUCCCAUCAACCCUUUAAACGGCAAGGCUCAGAAGCUGCCCAUCAUCAACCCAUUUGAUAGGCAUGGUCGAGUGUUCUUCUUCGCCUGGGCGUCGUUCUGCUGCUCUUUCUCGGCGUGGUACUCCUUCUCUCCCUUGUCGAAAUCCAUCCGCGCGGAUCUCAAGAUCACCAACGAGCAGUGGCUUAACAGCAACAUCAUCGCCUUGGUAGCUGGGAUGGUCAUGAGAGCCGUUGUUGGACCGUGCUGUGAUCGUUUCGGACCGAGAAAAACCAUGACCGGAGUGCUUAUAGCCGCCGCCAUUCCAUGCGCUUUGGCCGGAACAAUCACCAACUAUGCUGGCCUCAUGCUCAUCCGUUUCUUUGUCGGGAUUGCGGGUGCCUCAUUUGUGCCCACGUUGAACUGGUGCACCAUGUUCUACGACAAGAAUGUCGUCGGUACCGCGAACGGGUUCGCUGGUGGAUGGGGAAACGGUGGUAGCGCCGUUGCCUACUUUAUGAUGCCCGCGGUUUACGACAGUAUCCGAGGGAUGGGCCGAACCUCUCACGUGGCUUGGCGAGUCUCGUUCGUUGUCCCUACGAUCAUGCUUCUGGCUUGCGCCGCUGGAUCCUACUUCUUGUGCGACGACACUCCUACCGGCAAAUGGGAGGAUCGGUUCAACGCCACUUCGACCGUUGUCGAGAUGACCUCUCCCUCCCCCUCUUCAUCUGGUGUGGAUCGAGUGGACUCCGAACCAUCUAACGACGGCAAGGAUGACAAGCGAUCCAAAGAACCUACGGUCACUGUAGCCGCUCUUGAAGACGAUGAGGCUCAAUCCCCUCGAGAGCCCGUACUGGUGAUGGAAGCCCUACCCAAGCCCAGCUUGAAGGAUUCCAUCAAAGCCCUCUGCUGCAUUCAAACGCUCAUGCUGGCCGCGCCCUACGCCUGUUCAUUCGGAGGGGAGCUCGCUCUCGCAGCCAUCCUCAGCUCUUGGUACCAACAAAAGUUCCCCGGAUGGGGCCAGACCAAGGCGGGUCAGGUCGCCGCCGCCUUCGGAGCGUUCAACGUGGUCUGUCGUCCGCUUGGAGGUUUCCUGUCGGACCGGAUCUACGGCGCCGUCUCGCCCAGGUGGGGAACCAAGUCUAAGCAGUUGUGGUAUGGAUUCUUGGUCACCGCUCAAGGUGUCAUGUUGACCUGGAUCGGUCUCGUCAACCCAACUAACGCGGUCGCGCUCGUCGGAGGUAUCCAAGCCAUGGCCAUCUUCAUGGACGCUGCCAACGGUGCCGCUUAUUCAUUGGUACCCCACGUCAACCCCCAGUACAACGGAAUCAUGAGCGGUGCUGUCGGGUCAACCGGAAACUUUGGGGGUGUCAUGUUCUCGGUAGCAUUCCGUUUCACCAACUACCAUAAAGGCUGCUGGAUCAUCGGUGUUUGCAGUAUGGCCAUCGGGAUCCUGAUGACGGCCAUUCCUCCUAUCCCUAAGUCGCAACUCAAGGCCGGAGGCUACAUGAGUCGAUAAAACAAAGAUGAUGGAUAGUAGCAGUUAUUAUUGUUGGCGUAUUGUAGAGAUAGAAGCUGAAACGUAUAUCCGGAUUUGAUAUCACGCGUGCUUGCAAGACCUGCUUCCUGGCAUUUGAAGGCCGUUCUCGAUCUUUAAGAGUCGGAGACUCUGAUCUUCAUCUUGCAUCUUGUA